AUGGUUGACAGCUGUAACUCUCAACUGAGCAAUGAACGUGUUUCAUCUUUUUCAAUUUCGCCCUAUCCGAAAUGCGGCUUUGACGUAGACGACAUAGAAAACAAGAAUUCAAGAUUCAAAUGCAUAUUUUGUUCGCUUCUUAUUCAAGAGCCUAUCCAAUUAGUAGAGUGCGGCCAUCGAUCCUGUCGAGGUUGUUUCGAAGCUAGAGCUGCGGUUGCACCUGAUGAGAAUGUCACAUGCCCAUAUGAUGAUUGUAAUAUAAAAACAAACAAAAGCCAAAUUAUGCCUGAUAAAGCAUUCAAAAAAGAAUUAGAUAUUCUCAAAGUUGCAUGUGUUCAUCGAAGAGACAAACAAUGUAAUUGGGAAGGACUACUAAACGACUAUCAAUCACAUCUCGACAGGGUACAUAUGCAAUCUAUCUGUCUUGAAUGUAAUGAAAGUUUCUCUUCGCAAGCAAUACUUAAUGAACAUAUAAGAAAAACUUGCCCGAGAAUCUUUGCAGCAUGUCCAUUGUCACCGUUAUGUACUGAGGAAAUGAUUCGUAAAACUGAUUUCAUACAUCAUGUCUUCAGUGGAAAACAUCAAGAAACGAUUAGUAAAUUUUUAAUUGGUGAAUAUCAUUUUCCAGAAUCAUCUACUCAGGAACAAGACAUGGAAUUAGACGCAAUAGAUACAGAAUUGGAAGAAAAAAUUUCCCAACAAAUAGCUAACUUAUCAAGAACAACGCAAAUAAUUAACGAUAAAACAAUAGAAAUAACUAAUGGUUUUACUUCUUUAAAUGAGCGUUUUAGUACAAUCGUACAAGAAGUUAGUAAUGCCCACUCAAGUAUCCUCGAAAAAAUACCUAUAAAACGUAGUAUACAACCAAGCCAAGUUCAACUACAAAAGGAUAUUGAAAAUUUGCAACAAAUAUGUACUGCCAGUGAAUACAUAUCAACCGAUGGUGUGUUAACAUGGCGUAUUGAGCAUGUUUCAGAAAAAAUGGCCGAUGCGCAAUCCGAAAGACAAACAAGUAUAUUAUCUCCAGUAUUUUAUUCUUCCCACACAGGCUAUAAGAUGCGCGCAAAACUCUUCUUAUUUGGUGAUGGUAACGCACGACGUACUCAUGUAUCUUUAUUUUUUGUAUUGAUGAAAGGAGAAUAUGAUGCCAUACUUAAAUGGCCAUUUCAAUAUAAAGUAACAUUUUGUUUACUAGACCAAACGGGUAAUAAUCGUCAUAUAAUCGAUUCAUUCUAUCCUGAUGUCAAAUCAACUUCAUUUCAACGUCCAGUAGAUGAAGCCAAUAUAGCGAGUGGAAUUCCUAGAUUCGUUUCAUUGAAUUUACUAUUGCAAGAUGAUAGUAUGUAUGUUAGAGAUGAUACAACUUACAUUAAGAUCAUUGUUACACUUAAUGAAACACCAAAACUGUUAUUGCCAUUUGUAUUAACACUUAAUCCAGCUCUACCAAAUCAUGUACAAGAAAAUUUAGUUAAACAAGAAAUAGUUAGACGACAACAGCAACCAACCACUACUGAUAAUUCUCAAUCGACGCCGAUGAACAUUUAA